AUGGUCUGUAACGCGUGCUUUCAUUCUUUAUUUUUCAAUUCUAUAGCAUUUCCUCCAUGUCUAACCUUCUUGCUUUUCUCUCCUAAGGCUCUCCCCCAGCAACAAGUUGUCGACUACCCCAGUUUCAAGCUCGUCAUCGUCGGCGAUGGAGGAACUGGAAAAACCACUUUUGUCAAGAGACACCUAACUGGGGAAUUUGAGAAGAAAUAUGAACCAACCAUUGGUGUUGAGGUUCAUCCCCUGGAUUUCCACACAAAUUGCGGAAAAAUUCGAUUUUACUGCUGGGACACUGCUGGCCAAGAAAAAUUUGGUGGUCUCAGAGAUGGUUAUUAUAUUCAUGGACAGUGUGCUAUUAUCAUGUUUGAUGUAACAGCGAGGUUGACAUACAAGAAUGUUCCUACUUGGCACAGAGAUCUCUGCAGGGUGUGUGAGAACAUACCAAUUGUUCUAUGUGGAAACAAGGUUGAUGUCAAGAACAGACAGGUUAAAGCAAAACAGGUCACAUUCCACAGGAAGAAGAAUCUGCAGUACUAUGAGAUCUCUGCAAAGAGUAACUACAAUUUCGAGAAGCCUUUCUUAUACCUUGCCAAGAAACUUGCAGGGGAUCCUGGUCUUCACUUUGUGGAGAUGCCUGCUCUUGCUCCCCCAGAUGUUGUCCUUGAUCUAACUUCACAGCAAAUGAAUGAACAAGAACUUCUUAUUGCGGCAAAUCAGCCUCUUCCUGAUGACGAUGAUGAGAUAUUUUAGAAGACUUCUGGGCUUUAAGAGUUCUCCUGAAAAAUGUUCUUUAUUUUUUUUCCUUCCUUUUUUUGAUGAAUUGUAAUCUUGGGGGAUUUCAUCAUACAGAAAACAGGAAUUUAGUUAAGGUGUGGGUCUGUUUAGGCUUAGCACAGGCAUAUGCAGUGUUUUCUUAGUAUAGUUCCAGCAGUUAUGCUAUCUUUAAUGGUAAUCAAUUGAAUUAUCUUGUGUCA